CUAACCUAAACAACAUUUGCAGGACAGUAUUUAUAUAAGUUUUGGCUAAUUGGUUGUUUUUAAUUAAGAAAACGUUAAUUUAACAUAUAAAUUGGACAGUGAUAAUGUUAAAUAAACAUAGUUUAGCUUCACACUAGUGUUUACAAGUUUAAAAUCCUAGGAAAAAGUGUUCAAAAUUGUAAAAGUGUCCCGUUAUAAUUCGUCCCUGUAAGACGCGUCCCGAAUGUAAACUUCAAGCUUCAACUUGUAAAAUAGUAAAAAUUGCUUUAUAGAAAAUUGAAAAAUGACAUCCGUGUUUGCGAGUUAAAUGGUUGUUUAUUCGUUCCAGGACUAUCCAGGAAAACCAACCAAAACAAUGAAAAUCGCGUAGUAAAUGUGUGUUCGUCUUUUUUUUUUGGGAGUGUCCACUUUAAUCUGAAAAAAUGUCUGGCCGAAAUCGUCCCAUCCAACACAAAAAUCUAUCGACGAUAUUCUCGAAGCUCCAAGGGGCCUUUUCCGAUGUAGUGACGCACCCGAAAUUCGCCACGGACAAGCGUACGCUGGACAAAACAUGGAAAUUAAUGGACAAAGUGGUCAAGCUUUGCCAGCACCAAAGAAUGAACUUGAAAAAUUCGCCCCCGUUCAUCCUGGACAUCUUGCCGGACACUUACCAGCGAUUGCGGCUGAUUUAUUCAAAAUAUGAAGACAAUUUAUCCGCGUUGCACUCAAUUGAAUAUUUUCACGUUUUCAUUAUUAAUUUGAUGAGGAAGUGCAAGCAGGCCAUCAAAUUGUUCAAAGAGGGCAAAGACAAAAUGUUCGACGAAAAUUCCCAUUACAGACGGAAUUUGACCAAAUUGAGUUUAGUUUUUAGUCAUAUGCUCAGCGAACUCAAGGCGCUUUUUCCUAAUGGGUAUUUCGCCGGCGAUCAGUUUAGGAUUACCAAAUCGGACGCCGCUGAUUUCUGGAGAAACAACUUUGGCAAUAGCACACUAGUUCCUUGGAAAAUAUUCCGACAAGAAUUAAACAACGUCCAUCCGAUCAGUUCGGGCCUGGAAGCCAUGGCCCUAAAAUCCACCAUCGAUUUGACCUGCAACGAUUACAUAUCCAAUUUUGAAUUUGACGUGUUUACUAGAUUGUUCCAACCUUGGACCACCUUGUUGCGCAACUGGCAAAUUUUGGCCGUAACUCAUCCAGGUUACGUAGCCUUCCUCACCUACGACGAAGUCAAAGCCAGAUUGCAAAGGUACAUGGGCAAAGCGGGCUCGUACGUUUUCAGAUUAUCCUGUACAAGAUUGGGCCAAUGGGCUAUCGGCUACGUCACCUCAGACGGGGAAAUUCUACAAACAAUACCACAGAAUAAAAGUCUGAUUCAAGCUUUGCUUGAUGGAUAUAGAGAAGGAUUUUACUUGUAUCCAGAUGGUAGAACCAAUAAUCCAGAUUUAGCUUGGGCGGUGCAGCCAAGUCAAGAAGAUCACAUAGCGGUGACUCAAGAACAAUACGAACUCUAUUGCGAAAUGGGUAGUACUUUUCAACUAUGUAAAAUAUGUGCGGAAAACGACAAAGAUGUUCGGAUAGAACCUUGUGGGCACUUGUUGUGUACACCUUGUUUGACAGCGUGGCAAGCGGGUUCUGAAGGUCAAGGUAGUCAGGGUUGUCCGUUUUGCCGGGCCGAAAUUAAAGGGACUGAACAAAUUGUUGUGGACCCGUUUGAUCCGAAAAAGUCACACAACCGUAAAAAUUUUCCUACGUUUUCUCCCAUUACGAAUUUGGACGACGAAGAGGAAUUUGAGCAUGGCAAUUUAAUUUAUGGAAGUCUAGAGUCCUUUCAAAAGUCAAGUAGUGAAAAAUUGAUACCGCGAUUUUUGGCCAGCCAUCCUGUUAAAAUGCUCAGUGCCCCGGAAAUAGUCUGGAACGAUGCUGGAGAGCUUUGGAAUUGUGCCGGUAGCAGUUUGCACGCACUGGCUUUGAAGCCUAGGACUGAUAUUUCGCACUCUUCGAGUCCGAUGAUAUCGCCAGGAAGCAGUCCCAGAUUCAUGCGCCGCAACCCGCCCGGUACUAUCCUAGUACCAACCACCGCCCCACCACCCUUACCACCCAGAAAAAGUUCUCCAACCCACGAUCAACCCUCUGCGUCGUCGCGUAACGGCUUAAGUGACGCCCAAUCACAAUCCGUAACGAAUUUAGCAAACGUCGAAGUACCGCCAACACUGCCGAAAAGUAGUUCGAUGCUCGAAAUGCGCAACAAUCAUCAAGAGGUUGUCGAGCUGAGUACUCCUGAAACGAUUGUCGGGCUUGUAGUAUCCAACUGCGACAAUGAUGGGCUCAUUGAUACGAGCAAAAGGCAUUUGAGUUGUCCGUCGAAUCGUACGGCGCCCAAAUCGGUGCCGCCCAAAUCGAACACGACGCCCAAUAUUAGCGGGAAGCCUUACGAGAAUGUUAACGUUGAGCUGCCGCCCAAAAUUAAAAAGCGUCUCAAUCCUUUGGAACGAGACGCCAAUGUUUCCUAUGAAAAUUUGAAUAUUGAUUAUAUUAAAAAAUUAGUAAGCGAAGGUUAUUCCAGGGACUCGGUGAUUAGGGCGUUGGGCAUAUCUAGGAAUAACGUAGACAUGGCUUGUGAUAUUUUACACGAAUUUGGUACAAAGUUAGGAUAGCGGGUAAACUGUUAUUUACUACUAGCUACUGCCCUUGUAUAGGUUUUUUUUUUUUUUUUGAGACUUUAUAUGGAGUGUUUUGGUGUGCCAAAAACUAUCCGGGAAUUGUUGAUGUUAUUUUGUAGCAGAGAAUAUUUUUUAGUCAUAGAAAAAUCGUUCAUUAAUUUGAACAGUAUCUUUGUGACAGGUCUGCAGCCUGGGCUUGACAAUAGUUAUAUCCAAUUUCAUCUCAACUGUCAGUUACGACAUUACUUUUCCCACUUGGUCAACAAAUAAAACUACAUAAAUAAAAGUACCUAACUACACACUUUGUAUACAGACCAGACCAACCUACUAGACACAUAGAGAGAAAUAAGACGAAUGAGCUUGUAACUGGUUUCAACAUAAGCCAAACAUAGCCAAGCUGUAUAUGGAUAUCAGUCAACUGGUCACAAUAUGUAAAAGCAAUUUUUGACUGAUUCACUAUUCUUAUAAUUCUCGGUUCUUGAUUGGUACAUAAUAAUUAUUGUUGAUUUCAUCUUUUUUUCCGGUAAAUGAAAAGUAAUAAUAAUUAAGCGGGCGCCACACGAUGUGUCCAAUGCCUUCCAACGUUUAACACAUAGCGAUUUAUGACAUCGUGCGCUGUGCGCUAGUGAAGAAUGUCAAAGAUUGUAUCCAACGUUGGGACCAAUGGUUGAACGCAUCGUGUGGCGCUGGCUAACGACUUUUCUAUGAAACUAAAUAUUCUUUGUUCGCAUUCAAUUUAAAAAAAGCAAUAUUUAAUACAAUACCUCAAUGUUGUUAUACACUCCAAAUACAAGUCGGAAUUCUUGUAAAUCGUGUAUCUAAAACUUUGUCAAUGUUUAGACUAUAAAAAUGAUAAUCAAACCAUUUUUUUAGUAGGUAGGUAAUAACUUUGAUUUUGUACCAAAUAGUUACCUCAGAAUUGCUAAUUAAAGUAGGUAUUUUAAGGUCAAUCCACACUAAUGCGAUCUAAUAAUAAUGGAGAAAUAAGUCUGUGUAUUAAAUUUGAUUGUGUAAACAAGGGGGCCUAGUUGUAAAUUAGUUUUUUUGUUUUAGUAUAGUUGGAUUUACUAUUUAAGUAAAUUGGCCUAUAUAAUAAUUGUGUGAAGAAGUACAUAUAAUACAAAAUAGUCGUUUUGUUUUGUAGGCUUCAAAUUAAUUACAUAUCUAUUUUUGGACCUGAUCUAUGAUUGAAAUUUACAGGGUGAGCCCACUAUAAAAGUUGUAGUUUCACAUUUUAAUUAAGUAUUAUUAUGCGCACUAUUUUUGAUUGUAAUUAGUGUAUUUAUUAUUUCAAAUAAUGAGCAAAAGGUUUUAUUCCUCAGGAACUAGUAACCAAAGCACUUGUAAAUAUAAAACAAUAUUAUUUAAGUUUUUUCUGUUGUGUAAAUACUUUGCAAGAGAUCUUAAAUUGUAUUUGAAUAAGUAAUGAUAAAUAAUAA